AUGAGUGACGCCGCACCUACUGGCGCCGAGCCGCCUUCCAAGAACGCGCUGAAGAAGGCGCAGAAAGAGAAAGAGAAGGCAGAGAAGAAAGCUGCAGCCAAAGCCCGCGAACUUGCUGAGCGUACCAAGAAGGAGGCCGACGAUGCCGCCGACGUCUCUGUAGGCGCAUACGGCGAACUUCCCCUCAUUGGCUCCAAAGAACACAAGCCUACGGGAACUCCACGCACCGAGCUUGCCGAUGUCGCCAGCAAUGAGGACAAGGAGAUCACAUUCAGAUGCUGGGUGGAGAAUGCAAGGGUUCAGUCUGCGAAACUCGCUUUCCUGAACUUGCGACAGAACCUCAACACUGUGCAGGCUGUUGUUGCGGCCAGCGAGAAGCUGAGCAAGCAGAUGGUCAAGUUCUGUGGCAACGUCAGCACCGAGAGCACACUUGUCGUUACGGGCAUAGUCAAGCGUGUGAAGGAGCCCAUUAAGAGCGCCAGUAUCACCGAUUUCGAGAUUCACAUCCAGAAGUUGUUCGUCGAGGCUGCUGCGGAGAUUCCGCUACCACUUCAGGUGUCCGAUGCUGAACGGCCCAUGCCAACCGAGGCUGCCACCGAAGAAGACCAGAAAGAGGAGGAGGGUGGCGAGCGACCACUCGUCAGUCUGAACACGAGGCUAAACAACAGGACGAUUGAUCUUCGGGCGAAGAUCAACCAAUCCAUCUUCGUGAUCAAGAGCGGUGUAUGCGCCUUGUUCCAGGAAUUCCUCUCAAAGAAGGGUUUCGUCUUGGUGCAUACCCCAAAGAUACUUGGUGCUGCCUCUGAAGGAGGAGCCAACGUCUUCGAGUUGAAGUACUUUGGUCGUCCCGCGUAUCUUGCUCAGUCACCACAGUUUUACAAGCAGAUGCUGAUCGCCUCCCGCUUCCAGAAAGUCAUGGAGAUUGGCCCUGUGUUCCGCGCCGAGAACUCUAACACCGCUCGUCAUUUGACCGAAUUCACAGGACUGGAUCUUGAGAUGGAAUUCCAAGAAAACUACCACGAAGUCAUGGGCGUAUUGGAGGACCUUAUGCUCUUCAUUUUCAACGAGCUCAACUCACGGUACCGGAAGGAGACUGAACUCGUAAGAGGAGUGUACCAUGUCGAUGAGUUCAAGCUUCCCCAGUCUGGCAACGUGCCUAGAAUUCCUUUCCAAGAAGGUAUUAAGAUGCUUCGCGAAGCCGGAGAAGAGCUGGGCGACUACGACGAUCUAACAACCCCGCAAGAAAAGCUGCUUGGCCGUCUCGUCCUGGAAAAGUACAACACCGACUUCUACGUCCUGGACCAAUUCCCUCUCGCUAUCCGUCCCGCCUACACUAUGCCAUCACCUGCCGACCCCGCUCUCUCAAACUCGUACGAUAUGUUCAUGAGGGGUCAGGAAAUUCUCUCUGGCGCGCAGCGUAUCCACAGCUCGGAGCUCCUCGCAGAGCAGAUGCGCAAGCAUGAUCCUCCAAUUGAUCCAGCCGGUGCUGGAACCAAGGACUACGUAGACUGCUUCAAGUAUGGCUGCCCACCGCACGCUGGAGGAGGUUUCGGUCUAGAGAGGAUUGUUCAAUUCUGGCUCGGACUGCCCAACAUUCGGAUGUGCAGUCUCUUCCCCAGAGACCCACAGCGAGUUGUACCUUAA